CGGGGCCGCGGCGGCCGGCCGUGUCUGCGCCUCCGCGGCCUCGGAGCUCGCAGACGCUCGGGGGAACAUGGCGGCGGCGGAGCCGGCUGUCCCGGCGCUCCCCAACAGCGGCGGCGUGGGCGCGGGGGCGCCGUCGGGCACGGUCCCCGUGCUCUUCUGCUUCUCGGUCUUCGCGCGGCCCUCGUGCGUGCCGCACGGCGCGGGCUACGAGCUGCUCAUUCAGAAGUUCCUCAGCCUGUACGGCGACCAGAUCGACAUGCACCGCAAAUUCGUGGUGCAGCUCUUCGCGGAGGAGUGGGGCCAGUACGUGGACCUGCCCAAGGGCUUCGCGGUGAGCGAGCGCUGCAAGGUGCGCCUCGUGCCGUUGCAGAUCCAGCUCACUACCCUGGGAAAUCUUACACCUUCAAGCACUGUGUUUUUCUGCUGUGAUAUGCAGGAAAGGUUCAGACCAGCCAUCAAGUAUUUUGGGGAUAUUAUUAGCGUUGGACAAAGAUUGUUACAAGGGGCCCGCAUUUUAGGAAUUCCAGUUGUCGUAACAGAACAGUACCCUAAAGGUCUUGGAAGCACCGUUCAAGAAAUUGAUUUAACGGGUGUGAAACUGGUACUUCCAAAGACCAAGUUUUCGAUGGUAUUACCAGAAGUAGAAGCAGCCUUAGCAGAGAUUCCUGGAGUCAGGAGUGUUGUGUUAUUUGGAGUAGAAACUCAUGUGUGCAUCCAGCAAACUGCUCUGGAGCUCGUGGGCCGAGGUAUUGAGGUUCAUAUUGUUGCCGACGCCACCUCAUCGAGAAGCAUGAUGGACAGGAUGUUUGCUCUUGAGCGUCUUGCUCGAACUGGGAUUAUAGUGACCACGAGUGAGGCUGUUCUGCUACAGCUGGUGGCUGAUAAAGACCAUCCAAAAUUCAAGGAAAUACAGAAUCUAAUUAAGGCAAGUGCUCCAGAGUCGGGUCUGCUCUCCAAAGUAUAGGACAUUUGAAGGACUGGAAUACUGCUCACCAUCAGGUGACAGGACUGUAAGCCUAGACAAGCUCUUGUCUCUACUAGAAUUAAAAUGUUAAGUCAAAAAUUGGCUCCUUUUUUGCGCCUCUUAGUAAAACUUAACAGUUAGAACAUUUGGGUACCAGCGUUUAGUUACAGAUGUCAAAGGCUUCAGGUGCUGCUUACCUUCUUUUUUUGUUAAUGUGCUUUUAUUUAUUAAAAAAAAUUAUAACGGAGGUGCCUGUUUUGUCUAUACUAUAUACGCUGAUCGUUAACUUUUAAAAGUGCACACUCGUGAAGUUUUC